UUUGCCCCAGCACUCUUUUCCCCCAACUCCCUUUUCCUUCAGUCCUAUCACAGAUGUGGCCCAUGACUACUUACAGUUUUGUUCUCUGAGACAGAGGGAAGGAAGGGGUGAUAAAAAAAAAAUAGUGUCCUAGAUACUAGGAAACUGGAGUUAUAGGGGAUUAAAUGGUAGUAUUUAUCAAAUACCUACUAUGUGCAGAGCACUGUACUGAGUGAUAGGGAGGGUACAGUAGAAUUAGUUGACAUUAUCAAAAAAAAGUACAUCUGAACUUUUUUACUGAACACUGUGUGGUCUAAGAUUCUCUUUGCCAGUACUGACAUUCACUCAGUUGACAGACACCUUGGAGAAUGGAAGCUAUCAGUUUACCUAGUGCUGAUAAUGGCUUCCAACCCAACUGUGUUGAUGCGCCUAGUAGCCUCUGCCUACUCCAUUGCCCAGAAAGCCGGAACAAUAGUCAGAAAUGUCAUGGCUGCAGGAGACCUGGACAUCGUGGAAAAGACGAGUGCUUCAGACCUGCAGACCAAAGCAGACCGAUUGGUCCAGAUGAGUAUAUGCUCGUCAUUGGCACGAAAAUUCCCCAAAUUGACAAUUAUAGGUGAAGAGGACCUACCCUUUCAAGAUGUGGAUCAAGAGCUGAUUGAGAGUGGCCAGUGGGAUGAAAUUUUGAAGAAACCUUGUCCCGUGCAGUACAGUUCUAUCAAAGAGGAAGAUCUGGUCGUUUGGGUCGACCCUCUGGAUGGCACCAAGGAAUACACUGAAGGUCUUCUUGACAAUGUCACAGUCCUUAUUGGGAUUGCAUAUGAAGGGAAAGCAAUAGCAGGUGUUAUCAACCAGCCCUACUACAACUAUCAGGCAGGAUCAGGUGCCGUGUUGGGAAGGACAAUAUGGGGCAUUUUGGGCUUGGGAGCCUUUGGGUUUCAGCUCAAAGAAGUGCCUGCUGGGAAGCAUAUUGUCACCACUACCCGCUCCCACAGUAGCAAGUUGGUAAACGACUGCGUUGAUGCCAUGAACCCUGAUCUUGUGCUGAGAGUUGGAGGAGCAGGAAAUAAGAUAAUUCAGCUUAUUGAAGGAAAGGCCUCUGCUUAUGUAUUUGCCAGUCCUGGGUGCAAAAAGUGGGAUACAUGUGCUCCUGAAGUCAUUUUGCAUGCGGUGGGAGGCAAGCUAACCGAUAUCCAUGGCAAUCCAUAUCAAUAUGACAAGGAUGUAAAGCACAUGAAUUCAGCAGGAGUCCUUGCCACUUUGAGAAAUUAUGACUACUAUGCAAGUCGUAUCCCAGACGCCGUUAAAAAAGAACUUUUGCCGUAAGGGAAGUCUUGGUCCACUUGUCUGCGAAGACGUUUUCUAUUCCGUGAGAAAGCGAAUAAAUGAUUCAAGCGGUUAUACGGAACUUUCACUUUAAACAUUUAACGAUCGGUGAUUUUGUUUAGACAAAAAGGCGUACAAGGCAUGUGUGAUUUUUAGUGUGAGUCUUGACUCACGGAAACCAAUAGGUAAAAUUAUGACAUUCGAAGUCUCAUCUUGAAGUUGGGGGUGGGACAGUGGAUACUACCCGUAGCCAUGGUGCAUUUUGAGCGUAUGAAAGUGCACGUGGCAUACAGUCCAAAGCAGCAGAGUGUGUGCAGAUCAAUCCACUUUUAAGUCCUCAUCACAGAGCUAAGGUUGAAUCACUCUUGCCUACUUGGUAUAGAGUGACUCCUAGCCUGCAGAGUUGGCUGUUUCCCUUCCUCACGUUAGUGGAAGUAAAAGAAAGAUGAGCUUUGGGGGCUGACAUUUUAAUUCAAUUGAACUAUCAUCAUUCCUUUCUUAUGAAGCGGAUUCCUUUUCCAAUUUUAGAGCAGAGAGACGUGUCUAAAUUGCUUCCCCGGUUUUAGUUUGCUCAGUUAUUUUUUAGCCUUCUCAUUUCUAACGUGCUUCUUUGAAGGGAUAGUGUAGAUGCUAAUUGUAUAGAGUUUGAUUUGUGGGAUCCAUUUCCUUUAUAAUAAAGUUCUGAGGUGUUUUAUGUA